AUGUUCGAGGCAAUCAAGAACUGGUUCGCGCCGGCCCAAGAGCCCGUUGCCGAGAGCAAGUGGGACGCCAAUACUAUGACUUUGCAACAGCCAAACAGUCCUGCCACCCCCGAGAUGAACCAGACCCUCACAGAGCAGCCAGGAUCUGCUCAAUCAAUGGAUGUUCAAAUGCGCGGUGGCGGUGCGGGUGAGGGCAUCUGCAGUGGAAUGUGA